UGUAUCCCCACAAGAGAGAUAGCAAUAGGAGGGCAGUUUUCUUUGACUUCUAGAACAGUCGAAUCUCUUUCCACUGUUGUGCGAAGGAUACUUUUUAACGUGGAACUUUUCGCAAAAUAAAUACUGUGUUGAACAAUUUUAAUUUGGCAGUACACAUUGAAAAACUCGAUCAGAGUCAGAAAAAGUUUGCAAGAUGUCCGAAAGCGAUUGGGAUACUGUGACCGUGUUGCGUAAAAAAGCCCCCAAAGCUUCCACUCUCAAGACUGAAUCGGCCGUCAAUCUGGCCCGUCGUCAGGGGAUCCCAGUGGAGACCAACCAAAAAUACAAUGCCGGUACGAACAAGCAGCAUGUUGCGGCGAAGAACACGGCCAAACUGGAUCGGGAAAAUGAGGAAUUGAAGCAUAAAACUGUCUCGCAUGAUGUCUCCAAGCUGAUCAUGCAAGGCAGACAGGCCAAAGGGCUUAGUCAAAAGGAUCUGGCCACGAAAAUCUGCGAGAAGCCCCAGAUUGUCAACGAUUACGAGGCAGGGCGCGGCAUUCCGAACAACCUAAUCCUGGGCAAGAUAGAGCGGGUGAUUGGAAUAAAAUUGCGCGGCAAGGAUAUCGGUACCCCGUUUGCGCCUCCCGGUAAGAAGUGAAUACUGUCGGGAGGCAGAAGCUAUUUUACACACAUUUAAAAACGUUUCGUUACGUACGCGCGCAAAAGUGCAUUGAGAAGUGAGAGAAUAAAGCAAAACACUCUGAAAAUACUAAUCACUAUUUGCGGAUUUGAUAACAAAGCAAAACUAUCAACAUCGGCAUCAUCCACUGUAGCAACACAACAAAAACAUUCGUAUAUCUUAUUAUCGUGGAAAAUGUUGAAUGGAGGAUGGGCUCGCUAAAUGUUACGUAGACAGAGAGAGAAACGUUCAAAACAAAUCGCAGAAAUAUUUUGGUUCAAUGUAUGCGUCCGCCGUUUUUCCAAACGGUGAAGUUUGUUUUAUGUUAAACAUUUACUUGCAAUACUUUAGAGAAACGUAAUCAGUCAUGGUUUUGAUGAGUCUUAGCAUUUACUAUAUUCAACCGCAGGUUGUAUUUAAACAUCACUGAUGUCCUUCGCGUAGAGAGAUGAACGUGUUCAUUGUUUUCUAAGGAAAAGUCACUAAAAAUCAAACUUAAAAGAAUACGGUUCGUAUCGCUGUGAAGAAAACAAGAAAACACAACUUUGUAUUUUGAAACAUUCAAUAAAAUCACGAAUCGAAAGAUCGGUUUCCCUUUCCGCAUACUUCCCUCACUGUUCCACUUUUCACACGACGAUAAAAAAUAAUGGUAAAAAUAAAAUCCAAAUAGUUUUUUUCCGUAUGAUGUAGAGCAGGAUGUUGUUGCAAAUGGGGGGAAAAUUUAAAAUAAUGUUUGAAGUGGGAACUUACUAAUAUAAAAACUAUAACGCUAACAUGCUUAUCGGCGUGGUUUGGCAUGUGUGCAAAAUUGAGCCGCAAAAUGAAUACACUUUGAUACGCAAAAUUCUUUACGUUUUCGCAGACAAAAAGUAGUAGAACUACGCGCCAAAUCAGCAACGGGAUAGUGAACGGAGUGAUACACUAUGUGGAACACUAUGAUUGGAACAAGAUUGGACGAGAGUAUUGUCUAGGUAUUCCUCCACUAGCUAUCGUAGAUGCUAUCAAGAUGUCGCCCGGGAUGGAUAAAUAUACAAGUAAAUGUAUGUUUUCAACACCGAAGUCUGCGAAGGCUUCCUGAACUCAUAAUUAUUAAUCCGUUUCGUGAAUAUGAAAUUACUAUUUCAUUACGAAUUGUUUUUAUCUUAGAGUGGAUAACAUUUGUUCUAAAGUAAAGCAAAAGAAUCUAACAGUUAAAUUUCGGAAGAAUGUUUUGAAAAGAUAAUAUGACGAUUAUGUACUGAACAUUACAUUAUCAGAUUCUAUUGAUGAUGGUAAAAUAUAAAACAGUAGUAUUUCACCUACAGUUGUAUACACAGCA